AUGAAGGAGAAGGCUAAGGAGUGCAUUUAUGGACAACCCAAGAAUUAUUACAAAUUGUUGUCAUGGAUGUGUGAAAGAAUGCUUGCAACAAAUCUGGGAUCGAGUGUUGAGUUGAGUUAUUCCGAUGACGACCAUUUUGAGAAGCUUUUUGUUGCUCAUUCAAUAUCUAUCGAAGGGUUUGUAAGGGGGUGUCGAACAAUCAUUGCAAUUGAUUCGGCCCAUAUGAGUGGGCCUUAUGGCGGUGCUCUAUUUUCAGCCACCGCCUACGAUGCUAAUGACUUCAUGUUCCCCUUAGCCUUUGGAGUGAUGAGCUCGGAAAAUUAUGAAGAUUGGUUAUGGUUCUUGGAAAAACUGAAGAUAGUUGUGGGAAAGAAGGAAGUUAUUAUUAUCUCAGAUAGACAUUCUGCUUUGCUUCGUAGUGUCCCUGAGGUGUUUAGCAUUGAAAACCAUGCUUAUUGCUACCGUCACCUGAAGGAGAAUUUUAGUAGUUUCUUGUCCAAGCAUAACACACGAGGGAACAAGGAUAAAGAAAAUGCAUUGCAAUUCCUAGAUAGCAUUGCGUAUGAAAGGUUAGAACAUGAUUAUAACGUUUCCAUGUUUGAACUAAAAAAAUACAACGAGGCUUUAGCCACAUGGGUUGAAGAAAAUGCGCCGCACCAUUGGGCCAUGUCAAAAUUCCCAAAACAAAGAUGGGAUAAAAUGACUACGAACCUUGCUGAGUCAUUUAUUGCUUGGUUACGGAUUGAAAGACAUCACUCUAUUUGUAACUUUUUAUUGGAGCACAUGUCCAAGUUAGCUUCUAUGCUUGUGAAGCAUGAAGAAGAGUCUAAGAAUUGGAAAGGGUGUAUAGGGCAAAAAAUUGAAGCUAAGGUGCAGGAAAAUAUUGCAAAGGGUGUGGUGUAUCCAGUCACACCGUUCAAGAAUGGAGUAUUUGGGGUAUGUAUCGGGAGAGCCUUGUUGAAUGUAGACAUUCUGAACCGUACAUGCACUUGUAGGGGUUGGCAAAUGUUGGGAAUCCCUUGUGAGCAUGCCACAACCGUCAUUAUUUCCAUUGGUCAAAAUGUUACUUAUUUCGUCGAUGAUUACUACAAAUACCCAAUGCAAGACUUGAUAUAUGGGGGCUCUUUCUCCGGCAUAGAGACCCAUGACAUGCCUACUGUGGACGAUGAUGGUUUGGUUCGAUCUAUCACCGGGGAGGUGUUCUUCUCUCUAAAGCCUCCACAUACAAAGCGCGCUCCCGGAAGGCCAAGGAAGAAGCGUAUUGAGUCUCAAUUUCAAGAUAAACGGACUGAAAAGCUCCCAAAGUCCCGAUGUUCUGGAAGGAAAUUCAUCACUGUGAUUGCGCGCUUACCACCAGAAAAACACCAAGCCAUCACAGAUAUGGGAUUUGGGGGCCUGCUAACAUUUGCCUGUCGAGAGCUGAGAUAUGAGCUGUGCGGGUGGCUCAUAUCUCAAUAUGACUUUACCUACCACAGGCUUAAAAUGGCAACUGGUAGUGCUGUCAAUGUUAAUGAACAACAUGUCAGCCAAGUCAUGGGCAUUCCUAACACCGGGGAAGACUUGGUUAUUGUUAAGAGAACAAGCCCCUCCAACCGCACAUACACUCUUAGGGUUUUGGAGCAAAACCUUGACAAUCUGCCCAUUGUUAUUGUUGAGGUGACUCGGCCGCUUGCUGCCGCAUGGAGUGACGAUGUCAUAAAGCGCCGCUUAGCGGCUGAAAUAUCAACUUUCGGUGGAUAUGGGCAUGUGGAUGUAUGCUAUAAAUGA